GGAGACGCCUGCAGGGAGCACCGCCAUCAGACUGCGCUGGGCUGCGCUGCUCGGAGAGAGCGCGCCCGGGUCACGCCCGCGUCCGUGAGCGGAGCGCGGCGGGGGGCGCGCCAUGGACCCCAAGACGGGAGGCGGCGAGGAGGAUGACUGCGUGGACUCGGGCGCGGAAACUGGAGGGUCUGACUACAGCCACAUGUCUUCCACCAGCAGUGAGCUUUCCUUGGAGGAGGCGCAGGACCCUUUCCUGGUCAGCAUCCACAUAAUCGCAGACCCAGGGGAAUCCCAGCCCCUGCAGGAGGCCAUCGACAAGGUCUUGGCUUGGAUCCACCCAGACCUCCACUUGUUCCUGGUCUCUGAAAGGAGGGCUUCCCGGCGGCGCAGAAAGCCCCCAAAGGUGGCGCAGCCGGCCCUGGCGGUGGUCCUCUUCCUGCAGGAGGAGUAUGGUGAGGAGCAGAUCCUGCAGCUGCACCGCACGCUGCAGCGGCCACCCUGGCGCCACCACCACACAGAGCGCGUGCCCAGCAGGUUCCUGCCCUACCUGCCUUGCAGCCAGGACUUCUUCACGCUGGCCCCCGGGACGCCGCUGUGGGCCAUCCGGCCUGUGCACUACGGCAGGGAAAUCGUGCGCUUCACCAUCUACUGCCGCCACGACAACUACGCCGACAUCCUCAAGUUCUACGAGCUCAUCCUCAGGCGGAGCCCCAGCCAGAGGAAAACGGACUUCUGCAUCUUCCCCAUUUUCUCCAACCUGGAUGUGGACAUCCAGUUCUCCCUGAAAAGACUGCCCUGUGACCAGAACCCGGUCCCCACUGACUCCUCGGUGCUGGAGUUCCGAGUCAAGGACAUCGGCGAGCUAGUGCCGCUCCUGCCCAACCCCUGCAGCCCCAUCAGUGAGGGACGCUGGCAGACAGAGGACCACGACGGGAACAAGAUCCUUCUGCAGGCACAAAGGAUGCACAGGAAGUUUCCUAAACCCAGCAGAGUUCACCACUCCUCAGAGCAGGAACCUCACUCGACGCCUUCCCCAAGUGCCACCACACCAAGCCGUUCACCUGGCAGCAGCCAGCAGCCCCUGCUGGACAGUCCACACGUGGGGCCCAGCCCUGUAGGCCUGCCUGCUGGGCACCAACAGGAAUUUGCCAGACAAGUCAGCAGCGCCCCCUGCCUUCGUGGGUCUUUCCAGAGAAGCAAGUCCUUGUUCUGUUUGCCCACAGAAGACCCCUCCCCGGCCUCCUCAGCUGUACCGCAGUGGUUUUCAAACACAAGUGCCCCAGGGCACUGUGCAUCAGAGUGGAGGCACACUCACCUCUUCUCCGUUGAUGACUUAGACGGGGCCCAGGAGACGGAUGUGGACACGGGCCUGCGGCUCUCCUCCUCGGACCUGUCUGUUGUCUCUGCGUACUCUGCACCCAGCAGGUUCUGCAGCGCGUUGGAAACGCCCCUCCCUCCUGGAAGUUGCAGCAACCACUGGUCCAAGCACAAGAGUCCCAGAGGAGUGCCGCUGCCUGCUCCCAGCGUGGGGACCUCGGAGACCUCCCACGCGUCCCUCCCUUUCUUCACAGAAGGGCCUUCCAGCUACUCGGCCACAGCAGUUGCUGUUCCCCCUGCAUCUGGUGCCACCUCACUCACAGAGUCACCCCCCGAGCUCCCUGGUGAUGCUCCCAAUGGCGAGUGGACCGGCAGAGACGUCCUGGCGCCCCCAGCACUGGCUGGGCCUGGAGACGACGACACAGAGGAAUUCUACAUCUGAUCACCCUCUGCUCUGGUUUUUCAGACACACGAGCUCAGGACCCACUGCCCCUCUG